CUCCAUUCUUUUUUACCUGAGGAUACUCCAAUACCAUUCAUUCUUUUUACUUCACCACGAGAGACUCGUCGUUUUCCAACACCUCGACCACACCCAAUGCUUCACCCCAGCAUCAGCUGGCAAUGACCAAGCCACUCAUCCUCUGAAAUUCCAUCAUACACUGGUUAGGCGAAAAAAUGGCUGCAGAAUUGGGAACUUCCAAUGCCAACACUGAGACUGCACCAUCGGAAUUAACGACUGUCGACAUUGACCCUGAAGGUGAUCUCCUUAUAGAUGCCGAUUUUUGCAGAUUUCGCGUCUGCUCCAAUGCCCUUCGUCGACAGUCGCCAGUCUGGAAACAGAUGUUGUUUGGUCCAUGGAAAGAAGCCAAACCCACGGACGGAUCCGCAUGGAUUGUCGAGUUUCCCGAUGACCCUGCCGACCCAUUACAGAUCUUACUUUCCAUCAUACACGGAAAAUUCGACCCCGUCCCGCCUCAUCCAACUGUCUCCAGGAUCCACAGUAUCUUGAUCUUGGCUCACAAAUACGAUAUUACCGGUAUUGCGAGGCCGUGGUGUUCCCAGUGGCUACAAGUUGCUGGCGAACUCAACCCUCCAGCGGCAAAUGUGGUUGAGUCCUUGUACAUCGCAUGGGAAUUAGGCGACGAAUACCUCUUCGCUUUGAGACUUGAACAGAUCUCCUUACAGGCUCGAAUCGACUCAGAAGGCCGCUUAGUAUAUGGUGAAAAUAUCGUUCUCGAAGAUGAAAUUCAUCUCGGUCCGCAUGAUGCACUGGAGACUAUUUCCGCGAUACGUAUGGCUUUACUUAAACAGUUGAUUGCGCCAGUUCACAACACACUGGAAGCUCGAAUGAAGGAAAAACCGUUCUGCACUCUUGGCGGUUAUUAUGACGACACCGCUAGGAGAGUCUGUGAUGCCGCGGUCAUAGGCUGUAUCUAUCGCGGGAUGAGACAAACUAUAGGGGGAAUACCUCCAAGAUCUACCACUGACACCAAGGUUACUGUUGUAGAGCUGGCGUCUUCUCUUUUUCGGACUGUGGAAGAAGUCUUAACAAUGCAUUCCGGAUCAGCGGAUUUGCUCUCCUCGAUCUGAGUUCCGAGAUCUUAACGAGAGUAUCCACGAGGAUAUCCCAGUGGUUGUGAAUGGCUUCAUGAAGCCAGAUUACAAAGAAUACAUGGCGAAGCAGAGACUGAAGACGGGAGCGGUGCUAGCAACCAGAAAGAGGACUCGAUAUUGGAAGGAAAUAUAUUAAUGUUCAGAUAGUUAUGCUAUGGGGAGCUGCAAAACACAAGUACGCAAAUUCAAACAGUAGUACCGACGAUACAUUGGCUGAUGAAAUACAUGUCGUACUCCAUUCCUGAGGUCAAGAGCUGUUGUUCCAAACAGCACUCGUCAAACCCGCAACUAGAAUCAACUUGUUCCAGAGCAAGUAGCACCAUGAAGCGAUGCACGAUACCGCGGCCCCGGUAUGGUCAAUCAGACCUUCUUGGGACAUGGUGGAUUCUUGUACCUCCAGUUCCUUAUCAUUUAUCGCGGUAGGAGGAACAUUUGCGGUGCAAGUUACACCCAGAAGCACAGCCAGAUUUCUUUAAGAAGUGGACGAACGCGAAUAAAAAUCAUAGUACUGUCAUGUUUCGUGGAGAGUGUUAUUCUCCUCC